AUGCGAAACCUCCGACCACCUUACGCAAAGCAAGGCUCUGGUUAUAUUCAAAUCUGGCUCGACUCGGAGACGGAGCUUUCUGUCGGAAGACAAGAGCUGGUACCCCCAUGGCUCAGAGAUAUGCUCGGUGCAGAUCCGAAGACCUAUGGCUUCAUGGAGACCCGAAAAAACGGCUGUUCCCCUAGAAAUGCUCCCAACCGCGAGAAUCGAAGAACCGCUCAACAAGCAGAAAUCUCACCGGAGAUGGGCGCUCUUCGUCUUCAAACCUUCGUCAGCCAUCUUGGCCGCCGACGAGACCUUCCGGGCAUAUUAUGCCGUGGUAUCCUCUGUAACCUUCCGCCGUCUUCCAUGAAGGCCGGCGAGACCUUGGAGAAGGCGGACCCGCCAGAUGCUUUCCAGGAACCGUCGAGCUCGCUCGCCCUUGUCAAGUCUCACCACUGUCCCGACCUUCUCUCGCCAAGGCAAGUCCCGAGAGAAUCCCGACUGUUAUCACCGGCGGAUCUGCUAGCACCCUCGAUGCCAUACGCCGCGGUUAAUCUUCAUCACCGUCGUCCCUCACCGGAACCUUACCCAGAUCUGAACGGCACCGGAUCCGGAAGGUUGCCGGCUUGGUUUCGACGGCUCAUCAAUCCACCGUUCGGUUGUCGCACCAUCACUACCCUACCCCGACCAGCUGGUCACCAUCGGCAUCCUUUGGCUGCCGCCGGAAAAGCAAUAGCCGGAAAAGCCCCAGCGCUACAAACCAUGGCCGACACUGUUCCAUCCUCUUGGAUUAGUUUUAUUGUUCUAAUGGGUUUCUCAAAGCCCAAUCUGCUGUGGCCCAAUUGGGAGAUGGUUCUCCAUUAUAUUUGCCCAGCUUCUGGAUUCUUAAAUCCUGCAAAUUAUUCUUCCCGGUGGAAGAGAUCAUUUCCACCUACCAUCUUUUUGAUAUUGAGUGGUCGAUCCCCCGAGUUUUAUGCUGGGAUUUUCAAAGUCACAUUCAAAAAUGAUUAA